AUGAACAAGAAAAAAAACCAAGUGAACCUGGACGACGAACAAAUCGCCGAACUCCGCGAAAUUUUCCGAUCCUUCGACCGAAACAACGACGGAACCCUAAAGCCAAGCGCUGAGCAACUGGAGGGAUUCAUCCAGAGAGCAGACACGAACAACAACAGAAUGAUUGAAUUCUCGGAGUUCGUUGCUCUGGUGGCGCCGGAGUUGUUGCGGGCAAAGUCGCCGUACACGGAGGAGCAACUUCGGCAGCUGUUCAGGAUGUUUGAUCGGGACGGAAAUGGAUUCAUAACGGCGGCGGAAUUGGCUUAUUCGAUGGCGAAAUUCGGACAUGCGUUGACGGCGGAGGAGUUGACGGGAAUGAUAAAGGAGGCGGAUAUGGAUGGCGAUGGGACCAUCAGUUUUCAGGAGUUUGCGCAAGCGAUUACUUCGGCUGCUUUUGAUAAUUCCUGGGCUUAAUCUGUGGAUUAGUCUCUAAUCUUUCCGGUAAUAAUAGUAAUACAAUGUGAAACGUUUUAUUAUUAUUGUAACUUUAUUUCUAUUUACAAAUUUUGGGAUUCAAUCAUCAUUUUCAUCUGUAAGUUUGAUUAUUAUAUUGAACUUAGAACAAUGGUUUUGAAGA